AUGCUAGGCAUCACCACUAUAUCCUACAGAUUUAACAUCAUGGGGGAAUACAUUGAUGUCUUGCAGGCCAAAAGGGGGAUUCGGCAAGGUGAUCCCGUAUCACCUAUGCUCUUUGUUCUUAUAAUGGAAUACAUGAAUAGAUUGUUGGUUAAAAUGCAAAGGGGUCCUAAUUUCAACUACCAUGCCAAGUGUGAGAAUAUGAAAAUUACCAACCUCACUUUUGUAGAUGAUGUACUGUUACUUUGUAAAGGAGACGAAACAUCAAUGCAAAUGAUAUUAAAGACUUUCAGAAAAUUCUCCAAAUCCACAGGCUUGAUGAUGAACCCUAACAAGUGCAAGAUCUAUUUUAGGGGAUUGGAUACUGAGAAUAAAAAGGCCUUGAAAGAACUGUCGGGUUUCCAAGAAGGGACACUACCAUUCAAAUACCUAGGAAUCCCUCUUUCUAGCAAGAGAUUAACCAUCAACCAUUUUAUGCCCUUGGUGGAUAAAAUAGUGGCUAUAAUUCAUCACUGGUCCUCUAGACUCCUAAGCUAUGCAAGAAGAAUUAAAUUGGUGAAAAGUAUUGCUUAUGCAAUGGUGCAGUACUGGAUGCAUUUCCUCCCCAUGCCUAAAUAUGUGAUUAAAAAAGUAGAUUCAAUCUGUCGAAGCAUCACUUGGAUAGGUAAGGAUGCUGUGAGUAGAAAAUGCCUUGUGGCUUGGAAAAACACUUGCUUCCCUACUGCGCAAGGUGGGAUGAAUUUACUGAACCUUCAGGUUGGAACAAUGUGCUGCUUUUGA